AUGGACUCACCUCCUAAGAAUGCAACAGUAACUCCCUCUGUGUCCGCUGGUGAUGCAGCACAACGGUCUCAAUUGAAGGAACUGGACCAAUGGAUCGAACAGCUCUACAACUGCGAGCAGCUUUCCGAGAACCAAGUGAAAAUUUUAUGUGAUAAGGCGAAAGAAAUAUUGCAAACAGAAUCAAAUGUCCAGGAAGUAAAGUGUCCGGUGACUGUUUGUGGGGAUGUUCAUGGACAGUUUCACGAUUUGUUGGAACUCUUCAAAAUGGGUGGAAAAGCUCCAGAUACUAAUUAUCUUUUUAUGGGAGAUUAUGUUGACAGAGGGUACCAUUCUGUCGAAACAGUUACACUGCUAGUUCGCUAUAAAGAACGUGUUACCAUUCUGCGAGGCAAUCAUGAGUCACGGCAGAUCACUCAGGUCUAUGGUUUCUAUGAUGAAUGCUUACGUAAGUAUGGCAAUUCUAACGUUUGGAAAUAUUUUACGGAUCUGUUUGACUAUCUUCCUCUCACAGCAUUGGUUGAUGGUCAGAUAUUUUGCUUGCACGGUGGUCUUUCGCCGUCUAUCGAUAGUCUCGAUCAUAUUCGUUCACUUGAUAGGCUUCAGGAAGUGCCACAUGAAGGGCCUAUGUGUGAUUUGUUGUGGUCAGAUCCUGAUGAUCGUGGAGGCUGGGGUAUUUCGCCACGAGGAGCUGGUUAUACAUUUGGGCAAGACAUUUCAGAAACUUUCAAUCAUGGCAAUGGUCUCACACUGAUUUCCAGAGCUCAUCAACUUGUCAUGGAGGGUUAUAACUGGAGUCAUGAUCGUAAUGUAGUAACAGUUUUUUCGGCGCCAAAUUAUUGUUAUCGUUGUGCAAAUCAGGCAGCCAUGGUUGAACUGGAUGAUGAAUUGCGAUAUUCAUUCUUGCAAUUUGAUCCGGCUCCGAGAAAAACGGAAACAAAUGUCGUUCGACAAACUCCUGAUUACUUCCUCUGA